CAAAAAACAAACGCGGGCGACAGGCCCCGUUUCCCUCGCUUGUCCGAUGGCCAGCAGCGUCCGUGGGGCACCAAGCCCUCCCGCGGCCGCUUGCGGCGACAACGGUUACGGUGGGCAGGUACGCCGCCUUCGGGAGAAUCUCUGGGACAGUGAAACAAAGAGGUUGGAGUUGGAAAGAAAAAUGCUUGAAUACACCACAUGUGAUACCCGCACAACUAAAAUGAAAUACAGGAAGCUAAAAAAAUACCUAGAAGAAAUAUGUGAGCGUCAGAAAAAGUCUUUGCUCCGGAACCAAGACUUGUUGAAGGAAUUUGAUUGCAUUGAAACUCAAAUUCAGAAGUUUGCUUCAAGAUCUCAGUGCCUUCAGAGGCUGAAGUUCAGAUUUCAUAUUGGUACCGUUUAUCAUCAGACAGAUAUAACAGCAGAGUAUGAAGGAGGAUUUAAGAGAGAGCAGAUUCCUGAGAGAAAAAAUAUUUCAAAAAGCAAUAAGAGUGAUGUUAUGAAACACCAGAUGGUGCCAGAAGUAAGACAGACAGGAAUUAACAGCAGGACAGCCAUGUCAAGAGGACUGUAUCAUACAGCAACAAUCUUUAUGGGACGCCAAAUGUCAGCUGUCUCAAGCGUUGAAGAUUUCAGUGUGCCGCCGAAAUCUUCUGAGCUCACAAAGAGCUUUUCAAUUUCUGACCCACAUUCACAUAGACAACCAUCACAGAGCAGUUAUGUGACAGACAGCUGUGUAGUACGAACUAAUAGUGAUCUACAGCGCUCAAAUAAGUCUGACAAAAUAGAUGGAAAGACAUAUCUGUUGAUGGGCAAGGAAAUGCCAGUCACAUCCAGUGUAUCAUAUGAGAAGGAAAGAACUCGCUGUUUAACAGUAGAAAGCAAGACAAAUAAUUGCAGUAGUAAUUUUGUGGAAAGCAAAAUGUCUCCUGGACUUAACUCCCUGUUACAUGGAAGAUUAAGUCCAGAGAACAGAACCACCGAUUUAAAAAGUGACAGUUCCUGCAAAUCGUUGGAAGAAAUACUGACACAUGAGUACUCUGUACAAAAUGAACAAGGAUCUAAACGGCCGAUCUUAUUGGUGUGUCGCCCUGAGCAGCUUGUUUCUGGAAAUGAGCACUCGAGAGCAAGAUUCCCAGUUUCUGUUACAGUUCCUGAGGAUAGUCUGAUGCUGGACAAAAAUGCACAGGAGAAAGAAUGUGAAAGUUCAGGUGGAAGUAGUGACCUUACUGUUUCUUUCAGUGAAGAGGAUGAAGAAGGGAAACCAUUAAAACUACAGGAUUUAGGCUGCAGCACACCAUAUAAUGAGGAAGAACAUCCAUGUUCACAAGCAUUAUGUCAUUAUAGCUCAAGUGGUGGCACAUCUGCUAGUCUCACAAUAAGAAAAUCUUUGACAUUUGAAGGAUUUGAUCAUGUCCUGACAUUCAUAGAGCAGUUUGUGGCCACAGCAGAUCAGGAACACCUGAUGUUAUACCAGAGGAAAGCUGUGAAUACAGUAGAGCUGGAGACACUUAUAAGCAUCUGUAAUGAAAUUGGCAGCUUAAAACCAGAAGGCCUUGAGGUAUGUGAAGCACUUGUCCUUCAUCAUCUUGAGAGAUUAUUGAAAUUUACAAUUGAUAGAUGCCUUCUACCAGAGAAAACGCUUCAAUACAAAAGUGGGAUGCUGGAUGAAAAGCAUGAUAGGUCUGAAUUGACAUCUUAUUUUGCUAAGACAUGGAAACGUUUAAGUGAACAUAUUUUAUUAUUGAAGAAGUACAAUGUUUUAUUCGAACAAGAAGUGAAAGACAUGCUUAGUACCAUAUUGACUUUGGAGAGCCACAAGCAAUGUGACCUGGCUACAUCAUUAUUGAAAGAAAGCUUUUCAGUAGAAUAUGAAGACAGCUCACUUGCUUGUAGCGAUAAAACAUCUUGUGAUUUGCAAACAAACAAUAGCACAAUAAAGCAAGGAAGAUAUGAACAACGGCUUGGUAAUAAUGUUGAAAGGGAAAAGGAAGUCACAAGCUGGUGUGAAGAUGAGAGCAAGGAAGAAAGCCUGGUGGAAAAGAUUCCUAUUACAGCUUUGAAUAUUGACAGCAGUAGUUUAAAGGAACAGAAAAGCAAUGGAACCAGUUCAGAACCCAGUGUUUCAUCUCUGGAAAGAAGAAGCCCUUUGUCAAGGGAUGAAAACCAAAGGGGAAUGGUAUCAACAAUAAAAUCCAAAGCCUUCUGGGGUGAUUCUGACGACAGUAACUCUGAGAUUGAAGAAGCACUGCGUCCUCAAGUCCAUUCCUCACAAAAAGAUGAAUUUGAUGACUUCUAUGAUUGAGGACCAACAUUUCCCACACAUACAUGUGCUAAAAAGCUCAAAGGAAUUUUUUCCUAGGGGGUGAUUUAGAACCAAGGUGAAGUUAAUGCUUUUCCUUGUUUGAAAUUCACAAAAGGGGCAGGGGGCACACAAAUCAAUUUGAAACAGGAAAACAGGGUAGGGAACUGUUUUCCUUCCCUCUUUAUUGCUGAUUCUUCCACUAAAAGCAGGUGGGUGUUUUCUUCAAAAAAGUUUUACCGGUAACAGACUACAAUUAUAUGCACUUACCUAUAAUGUGCAGUUGGACCAAAUUUAGGGGGAAACAGAUCUGUUGUUAUUCACAAAAUUACUAAUUGUGUGAUGUUUAAGUGAUUAGCAGUCAUGGGAGGGUGUGUGUGAUCCAGACCGAAACCAUGCCCUCCUGCAGUACUGAUCCAGAUUUCUAUUCGUUUCUGUCCUAAUGCCCCCCCUACAUUUUUGCUCUUUUCCAUUGGGAUGUAGGAAUAAACCAUAUUAUUUCAGAAAUCAAAGUUUCAGAUGUGUGACUCAGCCACAGAAUGUUUUCUUUUGUAUUUACUUUGUCUUACUCUAAUAAAAUGCACUCUUGACAAUGUA